AUGGCUUUAUCUGUGCGGGGUGAAAACCGACCCCAACAUUCGACUGGGACUUCAUUUAUCCGUGGAAGAGGACGAUUUUCGAGAGUCCUGAAGAAAUGUUGGUGUGGAGAAGCAAUUGUGUCGAAAAUCUCAAAAUCUGAUGCGAAUCGGUACAGGAGAUACUUCAGGUGUGCUGCUGCUGUACAACAAAAGCUUAUCAAUGAUAAUCAUACAUUCAUGUGGGUUGAUGAGGCUGUGUUGAAUGAGUUAGAAGCAUUAGUGCUUAGAACUGAGAGACUUGAACAAGAGGUGAGACAAAAUUCAAUGGAGGCCGAUGAUGAGAAGGGUAAAAAGCUUCAUAUGAAGAUAGAGAAAGAGAUCUGCGAAAGAGUGGAAGAAGUGCUACUUGAAGCUAAAACCGAGAUGAAGAGAAUGUUGUUCCUUGUGUGUCUAGGAUGUGUGAUUAUCUUAGGUUGUAGUAAGGUAUUAGGUUGA